AACAACACCGCCAUUGGCAAAUUCUUCCACGACAAACAACACACACUUGGCAGAGCAGUUGCGAUUUGGUUUCAGAGUAUCAAAUAUUAGCCAUUAAAUUAAUUAAUUAAGAUGGCAAUUUUCCAAGGAAUUCGGUUGCUUAUAGUCAUAUUAUUAGUACCGAUGGCUGCAGCAGCUACAGUAGUUGGACUCGGAGGAGGAGCAGAAGAACAACAUGCUGAGUGCCUACCAACAAGUUGCAGUAAACAUGACAGCCCUGAAAUCCGAUUCCCUUUCCGGCUCAAAGGGCAUCACCCCAAAAACUGUGGGUAUCCUGGCUUUGAUCUUUCUUGCACUCCUUCUAGCAAAUACCCUGUCCUCGAGCUUCCAUUUUGUGUCAAUGUUUUUGUUAAGCAUAUUGACUACAAAUCUCAGACCAUAGAUAUAUCUGACAUAAAUAUAUCUGACUCUGACCCCCAUGGAUGCUUCCCACGACAGCUUCCAAACCUUUACCUAUCUGCCUCUCCCUUCCAAUUCCAAAUAAAUCACUUCUUCUACGACUUUAGCUUCAUCAAUUGUUCCCAGACACAGGAUCAAAAUUGGAUGUCUGGGUAUCAGAUUGCUUGCCUUAGUGACCAGAGUCACCAAGUUUAUGCCACUUUGUCUGGCGAGUUGCUGGAUAUUUCUUGCACAAAGAUGUAUAACAUGUCACUUCCAUCUGAAAUUCUUGAUUAUAGGUAUGGCCUCAUCACAUUUGAUGAUCUUCGAUUGAAUUGGAGUAAACCGGAAUGUGGGAAAUGUGAAGCACGAGGCAAGAAUUGUAGAUUCAAGAAUAACGACAACAGCAGUAGCAGCAAAAGCCAAUUAUUAUUCAAUGGAUCAACUGAAUGCUUUGACAAACCAUCUAUGGGUGCAUUGACGAAACUAAAGAUUGCAGGGGCAGUCCUAGGUCCGACUUUUCUUCUUGUAGUUGUCAUUGCAAUAAAUCAUGACUACAGAUCAAACAAAAUGAAGAAAGCAGAUCAAGUAAAGAUUGACAAAUUUUUGGAGGAUUACAAAGCUCUCAAGCCUGCAAGAUAUUCCUAUGCAGAUAUCAAGAAAAUAACAAAUCAAUUUCAGGACAAAGUAGGCCAAGGAGGUUACGGAAUAGUGUACAAGGGCAAGCUUUCCAAUGAUGUUCAUGUCGCGGUCAAGAUCCUCAACAAUGUGAAAGGAAAUGGAGAUGAGUUCAUCAAUGAAGUGCAAACAAUGGGUAGAAUCCACCAUAUCAACAUGGUUCGCUUGGUGGGAUAUUGUGCUGACGGAUUCAGAAGAGCUCUUCUUUACGAGUUCUUACCAAACAAUUCGCUUGAAAAGUUUAUAUCCACUGAUAAAGAGAAGAAUUCACUUGGUUGGGAGAAGUUGCAUGACAUUGCUCUUGGCAUAGCUAAAGGAAUUGAAUAUCUUCACCUAGGGUGUGAUCAACGAAUCCUGCACUUCGAUAUUAAGCCUCACAAUGUCUUGUUAGAUAAUAAGUUUACCCCGAAGAUCUCUGAUUUUGGUCUAGCAAAAUUGUGUUCAAAGGAACAAAGCGCUGUUUCCAUGACUACUGCUAGAGGGACUGUGGGUUACAUUGCACCUGAAGUGUUCUCCAGGAACUUCGGGAAUGUGUCAUACAAAUCAGAUGUUUAUAGUUUUGGAAUGUUGUUGCUGGAUAUGGUUGGAGGGAGGCAAAAUACGGUAGCACAAAACACGAGUGAGUGUUAUUUUCCGGAAUGGAUAUACAAACGUUUGGAUCAAGGAGAAGAUCUAGGAAUACAAAUUGAGGAAGACGGGGAUGCGAAAAUUAUAAGGAAACUAACAAUUGUGGGACUUUGGUGCAUACAAUGGUACCCAGUGGACCGACCAUCGAUGAAAGUUGUGGUACAAAUGUUGGAAGGAAAUGUAGACACUCUAACAGUCCCCCACAGUCCAUUUGCCUCCACAAAUCCAAUGCCAACGAGGGGAACAAUAGGUGGGAGCACUUUUAAUAGUGAGUUAGAAGUAAUUUCUGAAUCUGAAUGAGAGAAUGAAUUAGUAAUUUUUUUCUAAGAAGUUGUUGACUAUAUAAUAGGAAUUAAUCUUAUUGUUCUCACCAAUUUGUGUAUAAUUAAAUGUUUAUCAAUGUAUUACUGUAGCCUUUCAAUACUACAUCUUGUGCAUUGCCUUUGUAUUAAUAGUCAUCUUACAAAUGGUGCACUUUGUAUCAGAAAGAUUUAUGUUUA